UCUUUUUUCCCCCGUUCCUAAAUCCUAAGCAAUCUUCAGCCCUCCCAAUUUGUCAAAAAUAUCUUCAAAAAAACUUCCAGACUAUCCUACGCACCACUCGAUCCGGUGCACGUUAGCAUAAUCACCUACCAAAAGCCAUCGCCACCGCUACCGUCAUGGCGACUCACCCCCGACCGCCUCCACCGAGACCACUCGACCUCGAACUCACGAUCGUGUCAGCCAAGCAUCUGAAAAACGUCAACUGGCAAAAUGGCGAUCUAAAGCCCUACGCAGUAUUCUGGCUCGAUCCAGACCGACGUCUAUCGACCCGAUCAGACGAUUCCGGCUCAACCCGACCAGUUUGGAACGAGCGUUUCACCCUUCCCCUCGUUGUUCCUUUCCACGACGCCGUUUUGACCCUCGAGAUCUUCCACUCCAAACCCUCGGAAACCCCGAAGCCUUUGGUGGCCACCCUCCGGGUCGAACUCAAGGACUUAAAGGACCCGAUUGACGGUUCCAAGAUCCGAACCUUUUCUCUCCUCCGACAAUCGGGUCGUCCCCAAGGUAAGAUCCGAGUGAAACUCGGGAUCCGAGAACGUCCCCUUCCUCCACCUCAUGAUUACCAUUUUGCUCCUCCUCCUAGCUAUUAUUACACAAAUGCCCCUCCUCCACCUAGAUACUCUGCUCCAACCUACGUCUCUCUUCCCCCGCCGCCUCAGCCGUCAACCUCUCCUCCUCCGCCAACAACGCCUUACUCGUCCGUCCCCGAGGGUUACCCUCCUUAUUACUCCAGCCAUUACUACUCCUCCCCGCCCCAGCCCAUGCCUCCACGCCACUUCUUUGAACGAGCUUCCAGCUAUGGCACCCCGUCAGCGCCGGUGGAUUACUCCCCGUACGAUCAAAAGCCUCGAGGGGCCCCCAAAGUUGGGCUGGGAACUGGAUUAGCUGUUGGAGCUGUGGCCGGGGCUUUAGGUGGAAUGGCGUUGGGAGAAGGAUUGAAAUACGAAGAAAAAGAGAUUGGUGAAAGGGUCGAGCAUGAAGUGACGUCAAAGGAAAGGGAUGAUUAUAGUGAUUAUCACCGCCCUGAUUAUUGAUGGGUUUUUUUAAGCAAUGAUGAUGGUGAUGAAGGUUAUGAUGGUCAUGUCUUACAUUUAUAAGUAUUCGUGUAUAUAAUUUGUGAUCUGAAAAUGGGUUUGUGUUUUUAUGUUUUGGAUUAAUAUGAUCAAAGAGUGUGCUCAGAAUAACUCUAUUGUUGUGUAUUAUAUGCUAAUUUCUUCUGCUACAAGAAUAAAUUGUUAGUGUUUACUUAAAAGUUU